AUGUCAAAAGCUAUUGAAAGUUCAUCGUCAAUUUCUGGAAAGUUCUGCGCUCAGGACUUAUGGGCGCUGAUGAACAUCGGGAAGGACUGUCCCGCACCAGAGGACAGUUCUAUGAAAGAAGAGUUCCUGAACCCGUUGUUUAUCCGAGCAAUCCGAGCGGGUGAUAUUGAGAAAGUUCGACUCCUCAUUGAGCUGGGUGUUGACAUCAACGACCUAGAACCAAAUUCAUGGACACCACUCCAUUACGCCGCGUGUUGUGGUCGCUGUGAAAUUUUAAAACUGUUGAUCCAAAACGGUGCAAUCUUGGACGCAGUUUGUUCGGGUCCAGAAAAAAUGGGCCAAACUCCGUUGUACCAAGCGGCUUUGAUGAACCACGUGGACUGCGCAAAGACUCUUCUGCUCCACGGUGCGACAAUUUCAUUGGGAUCAGAAGGGAUUUGUGAACCAUUGCUGAUAGCCGUCUUCAAAGGCCACGUGAAAAUGGUGGCUCUAUUUUUAGACUACGGUGCAAAUGUCAACACCCGGUUCACCAAUAACUUCUUCGAACUCUUCAAGUACGCGCUGCCUCUUGAGGUUUGGAAGGACCAAGAUCUUCCAUUGCUCCACUACGCAAUCCUGAUGAAGUCCAAUAAAAUAGCGGCAUUCCUGGUCUUACGUGGUGCGGACAUUAAUAUCGAGACCAGGAGUGGUAAUACGACUUUGUUGCAAGCCAUCAAAGCUAACAACAUUGAAAUAGCCAGGUAUUUGGUGACAAAAAGGCUGAAGGUUGAUAAUACCUGGCGUUGGUGGGGUUCUAAUUUGUGA